GCCCGCCUGUCAGCCAGCCUUUAUAGCUAAUUAGCUCAGUGUACAACAAAGAUAAGUGAGCCUGGGAGGAGGGCCCCCCGAGGGGGUCUUUAGAUUCUGGGAAACUUCUGAUUGGCAGAUGUUAAAAGGAAUUCUUUGGUAAUCCAGUGCAUCAAUGAGCUGCACAAAUUCAGUUCAGGGCUGCAAGAAUUCAGGCAUGAGGACACUCUGCAGCAGGCUUGCAGAGACAGAUCCGAGAUGGACAGAACCUUGGAAUCCCUGAAACACAUCAUUGCCCAAGUGUUGCCUCACAGAGACCCGGCUCUGGUCUUCAAAGACUUGACUGUGGUGUCAAUGUUACAGGAAUUUUGGGAAAGCAAGCAGCAGAGGGCUGUGUUCCCAAGUGAAGGUGUGGUGGUCUAUGAGUCAUUGCCGUCUCCUGGACCCCCCUUUGUGAGUUACGUGACCCUCCCAGGGGGAAGCUGUUUUGGCAACUUUCAGUGCUGCCUAAGUAGAGCCGAGGCCAGACGGGAUGCAGCAAAAGUGGCCCUCAUCAACUCCCUCUUCAAUGAGCUGCCCUCUCGCAGGAUCACCAAGGAAUUCAUUAUGGAAAGUGUUCAGGAAGCUGUUGCCUCCACCAGCGGCACCUUAGAUGAUGCUGAUGACCCCAGCACCAGCAUCGGAGCCUAUCACUACAUGUUGGAGUCAAACAUGGGGAAAACCAUGCUGGAAUUUCAGGAGCUGAUGACCAUUUUCCAACUAUUGCACUGGAAUGGAAGCCUAAAAGCCCUUCGUGAAACAAAGUGUUCCCGACAGGAAGUCAUCUCCUACUACUCCCAGUACUCCCUGGAUGAGAAGAUGCGCAGCCACAUGGCCCUGGACUGGAUCAUGAAGGAGCGGGAGGCACCAGGAAUCCUCGCUCAAGAGCUGCGAAUGGCCCUGAGGGAGUUGGAAGAAGCCAGGAAAGCAGGACAAGAACUCCGGUUUUACAAAGAGAAGAAGGAAAUCUUGAGCUUAGCCCUGACUCAGAUCUACAAUGAUCCCGACAUUUCCGCCCCCGGUGAUGACCAGCUGAGUCUCAGGGCCCUGUGUGGCUAUCACUAGCUGAGGCCCGGUCCCAGGUGCCCCAAAGAGGGCAGAGGCUGGACUCGAGCAUUAGGAAGCUCACUGAGGAAGGUUCUUCUGAGGGUUUAGCAGCUGUAGCUACUACCUGAAGGCUGUACUAAAUCUCCCCACCCCUUCCCCUCACAGAUUCUUAGAUAGUAGGACUCUUACAAGACCAUCUAGCUCGGCAUUCCCAUCAACACAAUUUUCCAUCACACUCUCAGUAGUUCCAUCUCAGACUGAAAGGAUUGUUCGAAAAAUAUUUUCCAGGCCUGGAUCCAACCUACAGCUUGGUUGGCAUGUGCCUUGUUAGAUUAUGUAUGUUAUUUCAAAGAAUGGGCCAGUGCAGCAGCCCCUAAAAGAACAGCAGCUGGGACUGGGGGGAGCAGCAUGCAGCAAUUUAAAAAUCACUUGGGAUGAAAUAAAUGAU